AUGGGGCCCUCCAGCUGGCUGGGGCUCUCCUGCGGCUGCAACAGAGCAGGGACUCGCGGCCGCAGCCGCGUCCCUCCCCUGGGCCCAUGGCAGCGGCGUCCUUGGCGCCCAGUUGCAAGCGGCUCCCCACCUUGGGCGCCUCUUUGCAGCCAGAGCGGCUGCGGCACCUGGGUGCGCUGGGCCACGGGCGGCGCCGGCGGGGAGCGCUCUGAGCAGCCGAGCCGGCCGGGCAGCGAGGAGCUGCUGACGGCAGCGGAGAAGCGGAUCGUGGCGCUGCACCGGGAGGCCUGCGCGGCUGGCCUGCAAAACUAUGUGGAUCCAGUUACUGGCUAUUUAGUGUUCACCAAAGUUGCCCACUUGCAGAGAGGUAAAUGCUGUGGUUCUGCAUGCAGACAUUGUCCAUAUGAUCAAGCUAACGUAAAAGACCCGUCCAAAAAGAAGCGGUUCAAUUCAUUUUUUUAUACUUGA